AUGCUAAAUUCUAUAGCUGCCGCUUUCAAGGAGUGGGAGACUAAUCCGGACGCUUAUAAGAAAUCCCGCUAUGCCCUCAGACUAACCAUCAAACAAGAAAAGCGUCAAUACAAGAUUAAGAUUGAAUCCUACUACACCGGCUCUGACGCUCGUCGGAUGUGGCAGACUUUGAAAAAAACUAUUACGGACUACAAAGGGAAACCCAGACGCGAGCUGCCCAGUGACGCGAGCCUACCAGACGAGAUAAAUGCCUUUUAUGUUCGCUUUGAGGCAAGCAACACUGAAGCAUGCACGAGAGCACAAGCUGUUCUGGAUUACUGUGUGAUAACGCUCACGGUUGCCGAUGUGAACAAAACCUUUAAACGGAGCCUGAAAGAUAGCAAACAGGAGUUCCUCCAUGGACACACCAACAAUGUCUCCUGUGUCACUGUGUCCAAAAGCGGACGCUACAUCGCUUCUGGACAGGCUGAUCUGAUCAUCUGGGAUUAUGAGAAGAGAGCGAUCCACGCCAGACUACAGCUCCACAAAGCGAAGGUGGAGGGACUUGCCUUCUCCCCCAAUGACAAGUACCUUGUCUCCCUGGGUGGACAGGAUGAUGGAAGCAUUGUGGUGUGGAACCUUGAGAGCAAAGAGGCGAUCUGUGGGAGCCCGGCCUCUGCCCACAGUACAGGCCACUGCCUCACCAUCGAGUACACCAACCACAGCGACAACUUCUUCAUCUCCGCCGGCAAUGGCACAAUGCGUGUUUGGGAGCUAGACCUUCCAAAUAGGAAGAUCCGGCCUACGGAAUGCCAGACAGGACAACUGAAGAGGAUUGUCAACUGCAUUGAGAUCCCAGACGACGACCUUUUCUUUUACUGCGGAACCACCAGCGGUGACAUCCUGAAGGUCAACCUGAAGGCCCGCCUCCUCAACAGCUGUAGGCCAACGAAAACAGAAAUUCAGCAAGUUGACAUUUGGUACAGCGGUCCCUCUUGUCUUUUGGUGCAGGGUGUGAACACACUGAAGGUGCUGAAGUCUGGGGACAUCCUGGUGGGCUCUGGGGAUGGCAUGUUCACUUUGUGCUCAGGACCUAACUUCAUAACCAUCAAGAAGGUUCAGUUGGAGGGGGGAGUGACGUCCAUCGCUGUGAGAGGCGAGGGCCACCAGUUCUUUGCAGGAACGGAGGAGGCUCAGAUCUACCGUCUCGGCUACACAGACUUCAAGGAGGAGCUGAUCGCCACCAGUCACAACAGUGCAGUCAACGACGUGGCCUUCCCUUUUGGCUCGUCGGAGCUGUUUGCCACGUGUUCCCAGGAUGACAUCAGAGUGUGGCACGCCGAGACCUCCAAGGAGCUGCUGCGGCUCUCCGUCCCCAACAUGAGCUGCAACGCCCUGGACUUCAUGAUCAACGGACACAGCAUCAUCAGUGCCUGGAACGAUGGGAAGAUCCGUGUGUUUGCCCCAGAGACUGGCAGAGCCAUGCUGGUCAACCACAAUGCCCACAGCAUGGGCGUGACUGCCAUCACUGGCACCAGGGACUGCAAGAGGAUCAUUAGUGGAGGAGGAGAGGGACAGGUGCGUGUGUGGGAGAUCCUCCAGGGCUAUCCCUGGCUAAUUGAGACCAUGAAGGAGCACAAAGUCACCAUCACCAGCAUCAAGAUCAAGAGCAACGACAAGGAGUGUGUCACCGCCAGCUCGGGCGGGGCCUGCAUCAUCUGGGACUUGGAGAAUCAGAUGGUCCUGGCCAACACUCUGUUCAGCAGUGUGUGUUACCACCCCGAGGAGUACGAGAUCAUCACCAGUGGCACCGACAGAAAGAUUGGUUACUGGGAGGUGUAUGACGGCUCAGCCAUCAGAGAACUGGAGGGCUCCCUUUCAGGAGCCAUCAAUGGCAUGCACAUCUCACAGGAUGGGCAGCACCUUGUCACUGGUGGAGACGAGAAGUUGGUGAAAGUGUGGGACUACUCAGAGGGCGAGUUGACCCACGUAGGCAUCGGCCACAGCGGCAGCAUCACCAGCGUCAAGAUCUCCACCAACAACAGGAGCAUGGUGAGCGCCAGUGUUGAUGGGGCCGUGCUCCGGUGGAGGUACCCCCACCCCUCCUCUCCCUAGAGCGCCUUCCGGAGGCCAGGAGAACAGAGAGUCAAAAAACCCAUGACCAUAUGGCCUUUGACCCACACACCCUACAAACUUUUUACUUUUGAACUUUACCCUGCCCAGUCCCAAUACACACCUGUCCCCACACCAAACAACUCUGAAGAACUCAUGAACACUGAACAUGCCCUUAACUCAUGAACAUCCCCUUAGUGCUAUCAUAGAGCAAAUGUUUCAUUCAUUCAUGAAAAUAAAUGGAUAUAAUUUUUA